GUUUGGAAGAGUAACCGUCAUUACCCGUACUCUAAUCUGGUGCAACUGCUUUUUCUAUACCCUAGUUUUGAUCAUAUUAAGUAAGGAAACCCACAUGACAAAUUUGACUCAUGACUGGACUUGGGUUCCCUGUUGUGAUUUUAGACCUCAAGCGAUCAAAAUGGCGGACGAGGAAGCUUUGUAAAGGUAGAGAAAAUUAAGAUGGGUGACAAAAAUGAAGAGCAGACAACUUCUCUAGAACAGGAGAAACACAUAGAACAGACCUCUGGAAAAUGCAGCAUACCUACACCAAAACACAAGGCCGAGCAAGAACUAUUUGAUUUGAGUAGCAUUGUCCACAAAGUGUCUCAUGACCUACAGCUGCACGAAAAAGAACACAGUUGUAAUGUUUGUGGAAAAUGCUUCUCUACAUUUGGAAACCUUAAAAUCCACCUACUGACUCAUUCAGGAGAGAAACCACAUCAAUGUCCCAAGUGUGACAAGAGCUUUACCCUAGCUUGGAACCUUAAAAACCAUUUAAGGCUCCACACUGGUGAGAAACCAUUCCACUGUGAAGAGUGUGGGAAGUGUUUUGCACGGAAGGGACACCUAAAAGCACAUCUUCUGGCGCACUCAGGUCUGAAACCACACACAUGUAAUGAGUGCGGCAAGUCCUUUAAAAGUCUAUCACACCUCAAAGAUCAUCUAUGGGUACAUUCCAAUUCUGCUAAUAAGUCAUUUGAAUGUAAAGAUUGUGGAAUAUGCUUUUUGCAGUCAGAAAGUCUAAAAGAGCAUGUAAAAAUCCAUUUAGCUCAAAAACUACAUCAAUGUGGUAAAUGUGAGAUGAGAUUCACACAACAUGAAAUGCUAAAAACACAUCUUAAGGUGCAUGAUGAAAAACCAUAUAAAUGUAAAGAAUGUGAUAAGUGCUACACACACUAUGGAAGCCUUCAAAUCCAUCAAAGGAUCCAUUCUGGUGAAAAACCAUACAAAUGUAAUGAGUGUGACAUGUGCUAUGCAAAAUCUGGAGCUCUAAGCCGACACCUAAUGGUUCACACUGGGAAAAGUCCAGAUCAAUGUAAACCACAUCGAUGUAAGGAAUGUGGAAAGUGCUUUAGCCGAUCUGGAAACCUGAAAAAACAUCUAUUGACUCACUCAGAACAGAGACCAUACCAGUGUGAUGAAUGUGGGAAAUGCUUCAAAAUGCCCUGGCAUUUCAAAGAUCAUUUGAAGAUACAUUCUGGAGAGAAACCUUUCAAGUGUGAAGAAUGUGGAAAGUGUUUUCGUGCGGCUGGGAACAUGAGAAAACACCGAAUUAUACACUCAGGACAACCAGAGCAAAAGCCGCACCGUUGCGAUGAGUGUGGGAAAUGCUUCAGGGUCAUAUCGCAUCUAAAAGAUCAUAAACGGAUCCACUCUGGAGAAAAACCGUUCCAAUGUAAAGAAUGUGGAAAGUGUUUUCACGUCGUGGGAAAUCUAAAAAGGCACCUAAGAAUUCACUCAGAACAUAAACCACUUCAGUGUGAUACAUGCGGACAGUUCUUCGCGCUACCAUCUAGCUUGGAAGCUCAUCUAAAGGUUCAUUUAGGUGAAGAACCUUCCACAUGUUAAAGCCUUAUCCAAACGGAUAUUUCCAAUGCUGGCAUUGUUUGCACGGGCUUAAGGUGGGACACGCGCUACUGUGGCCACCAUUAGAAAGUUAGCUAAUUAACACGCUAGAAUCGUUGUUUGGAUUGACACGAACUUUAAAACCAGAGGUCCGUCGUGCUCCAAUGUGCACAAAGCCAAUUAUGUCCAUAUUAAUCAGAUGGUGAGUUGUUGCAUUGUUCACUCCGCCUGUAAAGAUUCAUCUACUUUUUUAGACCUAUUUUUAAAAAUAAAGCAAAAAAUACGUGCAACGAAAAGACCAAGUAAAAAAAAAACGAGUUGAUCAUUAUAUACAAAAAAGACAGUUAACUUAAUUUGGCCGAAUGAUCAACUAGAAUGCAUGGGCUUUCUUCGGGGUUCGAUUGAUUUCAUUUUUUCUAGAACUUUAUAAGAAUCUUUCUCUGAAUUUGAAAUGUCAAUUUCUACUAUAUUCUUGGAAUGCUAGCUGUUCGUUAUAAUUUGUUUGCCUUUUUCAACGCCUUGUUUGAACGGGGCUUUAGACCUAGUUUUACCGUUUCAAAUGCAAAUGCAUGCAAACGAACAAAGUCGAGUAUUUAUCUUCACUUGCAUGCAUUUACAUUCAGGUGGAACAGCACCUGAAAAGAACGUCGUUUAACUUGUUGUCAAUCAGCAUUUUUUUGCCUCGCUGGUUGGCUAACACAGCUCAUGUCAAUCACAUUUUACUGCCACGAGGCUGUCAAACGCUGAUUUCAUGGAAUAAUUUGUUCCAUCCCUAAAACUGUAAGUACAGAGAGGGCGUUGGAAUCCAUAGCCAGAAUUGCUCAGUGCGAGAUGUUCUAUCACUAUGCUUACUUUCAUAAAGGUCCCACAAAUUUAAAGGCAAUGUUGCAACAUUUUAGGGGCUGCGAAUUUUCCAUAGAAAUGUCGAUUUUCUUGCCAAGUUAUAGGGCAUCUUGAGUUGUCGGAUUUUAGGUUCAAAUGUUGUAUUAUCUAUGAACCGUAUUCAAUGCAAACAACAAGGUCGAAUGUUUUAUCUUCAUUUCAUGCAUUUGCAUUAAAAACGACUCAUGGAUAAUGCAACAUUUGAACUUAGCCUUAAAGAUUCGACUCCUCGUUCUCAAGAUCUCGUUUUCUCGGAUUUUCAACAGCCGUCUCGAAAUUUCUCGGAUGGAACAUUCUUCACCUAUCAUUUUCUUCCACUAAUUGACAGAAGUGAGAGGAAGUUUAAUCACUUUUGGGGAUCGUUGGCGAGAGUUCUCGGAAUUCUCUAAAUCGUAUUAUUUGUGAUUUCUCAAUUAUUUCAUAUUACACCUCAUUUAGAAUUGACAAGGUUUUUAAAGGGAAACUUUAUUUUUAAUUCGCGUUUACAAAUGCUGGACCACUAAACCAAGCCUUUUCUCCAGCCCCACACAUGUGGGUUGAGUUACUCAUCUACACUGAAUUAGCAACAUUCAAAUUCAUGUUAUUUUUCUGUUCAUAAGUUCCUAUUCUCCCUUAAAAGCAUAUCUCGGUCUCGAGAUUUUAAAUUCUUCAUCGCGAA